AUGCCCUCGUCGUCCAGCUUGACCUCGUCCGAAAAGAGCCUCGUCAAGAAGCACGCGCCGUCCGGCGCAGGCGACAAGAUCCACGCCGCCGCCAUCGGCCGCAUCUACUACGCGUACCCGGACCCGGCUAAGUGGAGCUUCAGCGGCAUCUCGGGCGCCGUCGUCUUUGGCUGGGGAGCCGCCGGUGGGUGGCUCAAGGUCGUCGACCUCGCCGGCACGCGCGGCGUCAUCUGGCAGCACGGCGUCGUCGAGGACCUGCAGUACUACCAGGACCGCACCUUCUUCCACACGUUCCCCUCGGACGACUGCAUGAUCGGCAUCGCCUUCUCGUCCGAGUCGGAGGCCGCCGACCUGUUCAAAAAGGUGUCGCUCCGGCACAAGUACGCCGCCAAGGCCUCGGGCGGCAGCAGUCGCGGCACUGGCGGCGGCUCGUCGUCGUCGAUGGCCGCCGUUGCGGCCGUCAAGGCGUCGUCCAAGGGCGGCAAGAAGAAGAAGGGCGGCGGGAUCGACAAGAGCAUGAUUGGCGCGCCGACUGGGUUCUCGCACGUCGCGCACAUGGGCUUUGACGCGCAAGAGGGCUUCUCGACGCGCAACAUCGACCCGAGCUGGGAGAGGCUGUUCCAGCAGCUCGAGGGUCAGGGCAUCAGUCGCAGCCAGAUCGAGAAGAACGAGCACUUUAUCCGCAACUUUGUCGAGGGCUCGGGCGGGCCCAACGCCGCUCCGCCUCCUCCUCCAGCGGGCGGUCCUCCCGGCCGUGCCCCGCCGCCGCCCGGCGGCCCCUCGUCGACGGGCCCGGCGUUCGCGCCCAUGAAAGCCAAGCGCGUCCCGCCGCCGGCCCCGCCGUCGCGCACCGUCAAGCGCAAGCCGCCCCCGCCACCGUCGCGCGGCGCCGCUCCGGCCGCUCCGCCGCCGCCGCCGCCGCCUCCUGCCCGAGGCGCCGCAGCACCGCCGCCGCCGCCACCGCCGCCUGCACCUCCCGCACGCGGUGGCGCCGCGCCUCCUCCUCCUCCCCCGCCCCCUCCUCCCGCUCGCGGCGGCGCACCUCCCCCUCCUCCUCCGCCGCCACCUGCUGCAGGGCGCGCACCGCCCCCGCCGCCCCCCGUGGCUGCCCCAGGAGCAGGCGCGGGCGACGACCGCGGCGCACUGCUCGCGAGCAUCCAGGGCGCCGGGCUCGGCAAACUGCGCAAGGUCGACAAGUCAGCGGCCGACAACGCCGGCUCGCUCGCCGCGCUCGGCAUCGUCGGCGCGGGCGUCGCCGGCGCGGCGACGACGGCUGCCGACGUGGCGCAUGCCUCGUCGGGCGCAGACGACGGUGCAGGGGGAGUGGGAGGGGGAGGGGGAGGGGACCUCGCGAGCGCGCUCGCGGCGGCGCUCAGCCAGCGCAAGGGCAACAUGGGCGACAGCGAGGACGAGGACGAGAGCGACGAGGAGGAUUGGUGA